CUUUGUUCGCUGCUGGCUCUGCUUUGACUCCAUCUGCAAAUGGAAAGGUUUAAAAUCUUCCUUUGGACAGUGGCAGUGAGUCUACAAGUAACAUCUCAAGACAGCACUGGUGAACCUCCUAUUCAGAUUUCCAAGCCAAAUAUAAUUCUGAAUGCAUCUCAUGCUGUGCUGUACAGCACAGAGACAGUCACUCUGCACUGUGAGGUCCCUGAUGAACCACCAGGGUUACAAUAUGACUGGUACAAGGACUCAGCUGAUCUUAGUGAACAUCAGCCCAACAUCACUCCGAGAGGCAGUGGAAAAUAUGAAUGCAAAGCAAAAAAAGGAGCUUCUGAGUCAGAAAAAAGUACUAGUUAUACUUUAACUCUAAAAGAACCGCCUGAACCAGAAAUCCGGUCUGAUUGGACAGAAGCGUUUCCUGGUGAAAAAGUGUCUUUGCAGUGUGUGAUUCAAGGUGUUUCAGAAAACUGGAAUUAUAUGUGGUUCAAGGACUCAAGAAAAAUCGUCUCCAGUGGUGAAACAAACAUACAAGGAAACACUCUCACACUCUCAGUGAAGUCCAGUCAUGACGGGGCCUAUAUGUGUCAAGCUGAGCUGCAGGGCAGAAAGGUGACGACUGCAAAAAGCAAACCACAUUUGUUAAAAUUUAAAGAAUUGCCUCAGCCGAAAUUGUCAAUAGAUUCUCAAUGGAAUAUGUUUUACCCAACUGAGAGAGUGACUCUGACGUGUUCAGUUGAUGAAGAGUCAAAUGAUUGGGGCUAUGAAUGGUUUAAAAACAGAAGUUUGCUUAAAGAGGAUGAGGACAUUUCCUUUUCUGGAAACACACUCUCCAUCAGCUCAGCAAAAGCAGAUCAUUCAGGACAGUACCUCUGCAGAGGAAAACAUCUGACGAGAACAUCGGUGACUACAAGAGAAACUGAAGCUGUGCAACUUCAUAUUCAGGACAUCACACCAAAACCAACCAUUACAAGACAUGAGUGGUUUGAAUUUUUCUACACUGAGGAGCGAGUUCAGCUUAAAUGUAACAUGCCAGGAGUAGGUUGGGAAUACCACUGGUAUAAAGACUCAAACCUUCAGAUCACAAAUCCAGAAUUCACCAUUGACGCAGUAUCUCUGGAUGACAGUGGUUAUUAUCUCUGCAAAGCACAGAGAGGAGACUUCUCAGUGGACAGUGAGAUGCUACAAGUGCAAGUUCAGAAACCACCUGAACCACAAAUCCGGUCUGAUUGGACAGAAGCGUUUCUUUGGGAAAAAGUGUCUUUGCAGUGUGUGAUUCAAGGUGUUUCAGAAAACUGGAAUUAUAUGUGGUUCAAGGACUCAAGCAAAAUUCUCUCCAGUGGUGAAACAAACAUACAAGGAAACACUCUCACACUCUCAGUGAAGUCCAGUCAUGACAGGGCCUAUAUGUGUCAAGCUGAGCUGCAGGGCAGAAAGGUGACGACUGCAAAAAGCAAACCACAUUUGUUAACAGUUAAAGAAUUGCCUCAGCCGAAAUUGUCAAUAGAUUCUCAAUGGAAUAUGUUUUACCCAACUGAGAGAGUGACUCUGACGUGUUCAGUUGAUGAAGAGUCAAAUGAUUGGGGCUAUGAAUGGUUUAAAAACAGAAGUUUGCUUAAAGAGGAUGAGGACAUUUCCUUUUCUGGAAACACACUCUCCAUCAGCUCAGCAAAAGCAGAUCAUUCAGGACAGUACCUCUGCAGAGGAAAACAUCUGACGAGAACAUCGGUGACUACAAGAGAAACUGAAGCUGUGCAACUUCAUAUUCAGGACAUCACACCAAAACCAACCAUUACAAGACAUGAGUGGUUUGAAUUUUUCUACACUGAGGAGCGAGUUCAGCUUAAAUGUAACAUGCCAGGAGUAGGUUGGGAAUACCACUGGUAUAAAGACUCAAACCUUCAGAUCACAAAUCCAGAAUUCACCAUUGACGCAGUAUCUCUGGAUGACAGUGGUUAUUAUCUCUGCAAAGCACAGAGAGGAGACUUCUCAGUGGACAGUGAGAUGCUACAAGUGCAAGUUCAGAAACCGCCUGAACCACAAAUCCGGUCUAAUUGGACAGAAGCGUUUCCUGGUGAAAAAGUGUCUUUGCAGUGUGUGAUUCAAGGUGUUUCAGAAAAAAGGAAUUAUAUGUGGUUCAAGGACUCAAGCAAAAUCGUCUCCAGUGGCAUCAUACCAAAACCAACCAUUACAAAACAUGAAUGGUUUGAGUUGUUCUACACUGACGAGAAACUCCAGCUUGAUUGUAACAUGCCAGGAGAAAGUUGGGAAUACCAGUGGCAUAAAGACUCAAAUCCUCUGAUCACAAGUCCAACUCACACUAUUGACGCAUUAUCUCUGACUGACAGUGGUAACUAUCACUGCAAAGCACAGAGAGGAGACUUCUCAGUGGACAGUGAGACUUUACAAGUGCAAGUUCAAGCUCGUCCACAUGCAUUACUGAGUCUGGAGACUGAACUGAGCGACAUCAUGACAGGGGAUAUGACUCUCCGGUGUAACGUCUCAGACGGCAGGCAGUGGAACUACACCUGGUACAUGAACGGACAGCAGCUCAAUGGAUCCUUGGAUGUACUCAAAGUGGCAGGAAAUGAAGAAACAAUUAAAAGUGAAUUCAAGUGCAAGGGCAUAAACACAGUGAGACCGCUGUACUCCGCUCUGAGUGACGGCUUCAUAGCCAAUAAUAUUUUAUUUAAAAGAAAAAUACUGCUGGCCAUCUCAGGAUGUCUCGUCUGCUGUAUUGUAAUCCUGAUCAUUGGAUGCAUCGUUCUAAAAAUCACCCGUAAACCAGAGGUAAAAGAAACAGCACCAGAGGAUUUGUUUUUCUCAAUGACAGACUCCAAGAACCAAACUAUUUCACCCAUGAAGGAGUACAUGGACAACAUACCAACAGAGCUGGAGGAGUGUCAGGAAAAAGCAGAACUGAUCUCUGACUGUGCUUCAGCCGUUCAUGAGGAUGGUGGGAUUAAAGAUGAAGACACACCAGCAUCAGAAGCCAAUGGCCUGACAUCAUUUAAAGGACUCUGAAUCAUUCCACCAGCAAUCAACUUGCACUGAGGCACAGCUAAAAGACAUAUGCUUGUUUUAAAACGACUGCAUUAGUACAGCAUUUUGUCUAGCAGCAGCUGCAUUUUUGUACACUUUUAUAAGCUGAAAAUCAGCUUGUUUACAAAUUUAAAACAAAAACAAACAACAGCGACCUACUGCUAUAAAUGAAGACAGUGAUUGUAUGGGGAGAGAACGGACGGGAAGAAAUUAUAAUGAUCAGAAGUAAAAAUAAUAAUAAUAAUAAUACAAUUUUAUUUCUGUACAUAUCUGUACAUACCCAAAACAUCUGUUUCAUAAUGCAAAUAUUACAACUCAACAACACA